AUGUAUUUAUCAAUGCAAGCACCUGUUGUAGAGGGAUCACAGUUUAUGCCUUUUACUUUUCCCAGAUCAUCAACUACAACAUUGCAAAACCAAGGGGAUAAAAUAAAGGCUAAUUGUGAUUUUUUAGAAGAACUCAAAUGUCUCUUUCUUCAUCUCAAUUCCACUAAAGGUGUUGAAUGUCUUCAUAUAGCAAAUAGACAUUUCGGUGACUUUAGAAACAGCUUAGUCAAUAAUGUUAUGGAUUUUAUUAGUGAUUUUAAGGAGACAAAGUCUACAACAGGCCCUUUACAAAAAGAAGAAAUUUUAGCUUUUGUAAACGAAUCUACAACCUCUCACAUGCUGAAUCGGUGGUUAAAUCCCACUAAUAUCAAUGAACUAAAGAUACAAAAUUCUAUGCAUCAUUUAUGUGGAUUUAUCUAG